AUGUGGUGCCUUUUGCAGACGAAGAACUGGAUUAGCCACGGAGGAGACCUGGGAAAUCGACGCUAUGCAGCGAGCGAGCACAAGAUCAACUUAGAAACCGCACCUUCGCUCGCUCUCCGGUGGAGAUAUGUCACUCAGGGAGAUGUCUCGGCCACACCGGCGAUUCACGACUGCGCGGUGUAUGUACCAAGCUGGAACGGCAUCGUGGCUGCAGUGGCCAUGGACGGGGCUACGCUGUGGCAAACCAACUUGUCGCAAGUCACAAGCUUGCACCCGGCCGUGUCGAGAGCAACGCCAGUGGUAACCAAGCGAUGUGUGUUAGUCGGCCUUCGCGGACCUGCGAGAGUUCUUUGCCUGGAUCGAAUGACCGGAGAUCUCUUGUGGAUGUCACAGGACCUGGAACUGGCACCACACUCAAUGAUCACAAUGUCAGGAACGGCGUACGAUGGAGCUUACUACGUAGGAGUGUCGUCCAUGCAGCAGCACGCGAAAUCAUGUUGCACCUUCCAAGGCUCCUUCCACAAACUGGACCUCCAAACUGGCCAAACGGUGUGGUCGACGUACAUGGUUCCUCGGGACAGCCAGUACACGGGAGUACCAGUGUGGGGAAGCAGUCCUGCCUUGGACGAGCGCAGAGGCCUCGUCUACAUCUCUACCGGGAGCGUUUUCUCUGUCCCUUCAGAAGUCCGGCAGUGCCAGCAAGCCACCGGAAACUCGAGCAGCUGCAUCGUGCCCAGCGUCUGCUACAAUUCCGUCGUCGCUGUUGACACGAGAGACGGAACUAUCCGGUGGUGCAGUAGGAUGACGAUGAGCGAGAUCUGGGAGAACGCCUGCCGGAGCAUUCGUCCUCCACCAAACUGUCCUCCACGGCCAGAUCCAGACGCUGACUUUGGAGAAAGCCCCAUGCUCGUCACCAUUCAGCAACAAGGAGCAUUGAGAGAUGUUGUCGUCACUGGACAGAAGACUGGCUUCGUGUGGGCUCACGACCGAGAAACUGGAGAGCUCGUCUGGCAUGCGGUGGCUGGACCCGGCGGAAGCGGAGGUGGAGCGAACUGGGGAUCAGCAACGGACAACUCUCGAGUCUUCACAAACAUCGCCAACAGUGACCGCCAAUCUUUCCUCCACGAGCCAUCGCAGCUUGUAACCACGGGAGGUGGCUGGGUUGCGAUGGCUGCUACAACUGGACGCUUGCUCUGGUCCACUCCCAAUCCAACCGGCCAGCCAGCCUACGGUCCCGUCACUUACACACACGGAGGUGUUCUUCUGUGCACGUCCUUCGACAGCAAUGGCCAUGUCUAUGCCAUCAACUCCUACAGCGGAGAAAUAAUCUGGAACGCUACCACUGGCUCGACUGUUUACGGAGGCUUCUCAGUUGGUUGCGGCUGUGCCUUUGUCGGAGCAGGCUAUGCUUCGACACCAACGGGCCUGGCUCUUGGAGGCACUCCUGGAGAUUCACUGUUCGCCUUUUGUGUCCCUCCCUACUAG